GUGCCCCCACCCCAACAAAUUUGACCUCAGCGUCGUCUUUAAGCUAACCUAACAAAUAUCACAAGUUUUAACGGGAAACACCAUAGAACUAUCUAAAAACUUCUUUUUACAAAUACAUUGCCGUCGUGGAACACUUACUGCUAUGAAUGUAUGAAAAUAGGUUGGUGAAAGUAUAAAAACAGGGUCAACCGAGCGUGAGUUACAAUAGAUUAAAGUGAUCACUAGUCCGACUUAUUUCAAACACAUCGACUCGAAUCAUGCACUCUACCGAUAUUAAAAACUUAUGGUACAAUAUUAUGCAUUGUGAAUGCAUAGGAGUUUUAGUUAAAUAGAUAAGCGUCUAUGAGAUUCCUCAAGUGAAAUUCAAACGCUGGCAGAAAUCAUUUCGAACGUCACACUGCGUGAUACUGUGCUGCCACCACCUAGCCGGCAUGUUCUUUACAAAGUUUUACGGAUGUGACGUUGAACCGAGGAACCGCCAAAAUUCAAAUUAGCUACAAUAAUUUGAAGAAUGAUAAAAUGACACAGAAGCAGAGGAUUCAAAGAAAAUUAUAGAAUCAACAGUUAUAAAGUUGUUACGUACACAAGAAUAUACUUUGAAUGCUGUUAAUAAUUAUGGUGAAAAUUUAUUACACGUUAGCGCAGCAUAUGGUUGCUCUAAUAUCAUUAAAGAAAUUUUACAGAAAAAAGAACAUCGUCAAGUUAUUAAUAGAAAAAAUAAAUUUGGUUGGACACCUUUGAUGCAAGCUAUUCGAAAUAGAAAUACUGAUACUGUUAAAUUACUUUUACAACAAAAAUCAAAUAUAAAUGAUUCAACUUAUCUUGGAAUGUCAGUAAUUGGUAUGGCUUGUGCAAUAAGUAAAGAAAUGUUGCAAAUGAUAUAUGAAAUUUGUCCAUCUACAUUAAUAAAUGCAAUGAAUGAUGACAUUAAUCCACUAUGUAUAGCUGCAUUGAAAAAUGAUAAAGAUUUGUUUUUUUCUUUGAUCGAUAUGGGUCUAGAUGUUUCUAAAGCCAAUGAAUAUACACACAUUAUGAUGAAGCAAUCAACAGUACCAGAAAUAGCAAAUUUGGCAAGAUUUUAUGGUGAAAUAGAAGAUUAUUGGAAUGAUGGAUCAAAUGAUAUUCCAAUGAAAAAUGAAUCAAACUAUAAUGUUUCUAUAACUGAACAUAAAAAUAAACCUCAAUAUAUUGUACAAAUUCUAAAGGAUUUUAAUAAUAAAGACGAUAUUUUGAAUAACAACAACAAAAACAAUAACAAUAAUAAUAAUAAUAAUAAUAAUAAUAAUAAUAAUAAUAAUAAUAAUAUCCCUUUAAUAAAUAUUGAUACAUAUCAUACCGAUAUAAAUAAUCAAUCUAAUUUAAUGGAAACUUUAGAGAGUACUUGUAAAGAAAAAUAUUUAAAAAGUCUUAAUGUUGACUUGUUAGCUGGAGCUACAUUAUCAGGAGAAUCAAGUCUAAUAUCACCUACUUUCUUAGACAUCUCUAACACAGAAUUUCCUACUUCUCCAAAUAUAUAUUUUGUGAAAAAUUGUACAAAUUUAGCCACUAUUAAUGAAAAUGACGAAAAGGAUCCAAUUAUGAUAGAAACUGAAAUAGAAUAUAAUAAAUUAUUAGAAAUCUCUACAUCUACAAAAGAUUCAAAACAUUCACCUACUGUAAUGCUUAAAAGAUUACAGUCCAUACGUCCAGCAGAUUUAGAUCUAACAUCUGUUCAAAAUGAUCAUAAUACUACCCUUGAAUUUAUACCAGAAUUUAGUCCUACAUCGUCACCAAAUGUUCCUGCAUAUAUUAAUGAUGAGAAUGUAUCUGGUGACAAAACACCUACACCUCCACGUUACAGAACCCCACCAAGAGGAAUGGUUCUAAAUUCACAACAAACUAAAAUGAUUGUUUUUUUAAAACAUUAUGGUUUAUGUCAUCAUAUGUCUACAUUUCUUAAAGAAGAAAUAGACAUGGAUCUUAUUCUAAUGCUUUCUGACAAAGAUUUACAAGAAAUUGGAAUAAAGGAAGAAGCUGAAAGGACAUCUAUAUUAACAGCUAUAAAAAUAUAUCAAAGUAUUGAAAUGUAAUAUUAUCAUAGAAAUAUUUUAUAUACACACGUUUGUUUUUGUGAUAUUUUAUAUGAAAUUUAAUUACCUGUUAUUUUUUUAUAAAUUUAAAGUAAACAAAAACUAUCAUUUAUAUAACAAAACUUUUAACAUGGAUCUAUGAAAUUGUAUGCAUUUAAAAUGUGUUUAUUAUUUUGUAUAUCCUAGUAGCAAAUUUUUUUCUUUCUUAUAUGUUCCAUUACUUUUAAUAUUAACUGAGACUUCUUUUCUUUUAAUUUAUGUGGAAUAGAAUGUUUCUGUAGCCAAUCACUUAGAAUAGAAGAUUUUACUUGAUCUAAUUGGUUAAGCUUUGCCAACAUUUCUAUAUCUACAUCUUGAUUCUGUAAAUAAGGUUAUUAUACUUAUUUAUAGAUAUUAUUAACAAGAAUAAAAUAUAUCUAUUGCAAAGCACAUGAUUUGUGUGUAUAUAUAUAUGUACUUGCCAUUUUUAUAUCAUUUCUUAUAUUCAAAAAUUUUUCUUUUACUUUUGUAUUAGUAUGUUCAUUUAUUUGC